CCCGGCCUGCGUCUGAGGGAGGCCCGACGCGUCCACCGCCAGCCCCGGCAGCCCCACGGCCAGCCCCGGAGAGCCAGGCGGGGAGCCGGGCGGUCGGGCAGGCGGGCCGCGCUGGGCCGGCGGGCGGCGGAGGAUGCUGCGCUGCAUGCCGCCGCUGUGGCGCUGCAACCGGCAGGUGGAGGCGCUGGACCGGCGCCACUGCUCGCUGCAGGCCGUGCCCGACGACGUCUACCGCUACAGCCGCUCCCUCGAGGAGCUCCUGCUCGACGCCAACCAGCUCCGCGAGCUGCCCAAGCCUUUCUUCCGACUUCUGAACUUGCGCAAGUUGGGCCUGAGCGACAAUGAGAUCCAGCGCCUCCCUCCCGAAGUGGCCAACUUCAUGCAGCUGGUGGAACUGGACAUCUCCCGCAACGACAUUCCAGAAAUUCCAGAAAGCAUCAAAUUCUGCAAAUCCCUGGAAAUCGCAGACUUCAGCGGGAACCCAUUGUCCAGACUCCCCGAGGGCUUCACUCAGCUUCGCAGCCUGGGCCACCUGGCCUUGAAUGACGUGUCCUUGCAGUGCCUGCCCAGCGACAUUGGCAAUCUGGCCAACCUGGUCACCUUGGAGCUUCGUGAGAACCUGCUGAAGUCCCUCCCUGCCUCACUCUCCUUCCUGGUCAAGCUGGAGCAGCUGGACCUCGGUGGGAAUGACCUGGAGGUGCUGCCAGAUACACUGGGUGCGCUGCCGAAUCUGCGGGAGCUGUGGCUGGACCGGAACCAGCUCUCGUCUCUUCCCCCUGAGCUGGGCAACUUGCGCCGCCUGGUCUGCCUGGAUGUCUCUGAGAACAAGCUGGAGCAGCUGCCGGGCGAGGUCAGUGGGCUGGUGGCGCUGACGGAUCUGCUGCUCUCCCAGAACUUGCUGGAGAAUAUUCCUGAUGGGAUUGGCCAGCUGAGGCAGCUCUCCAUCCUGAAGGUUGAUCAGAACCGGCUGGUGGAGCUGACGGAGGCGAUUGGGGAGUGUGAGAAUUUGUCCGAGCUCAUCCUGACGGAGAACCUGCUGACGGCCCUGCCCAAAGCCCUGGGGAAGCUGGCUAAGCUGACAAACCUUAACGUGGACCGGAACCGACUGCUGGUGCUUCCUCCUGAGAUCGGAGGCUGCAGCAGCCUGAACGUGCUCUCUCUCCGUGACAACCGCCUGGAGCUCCUGCCCCCUGAGCUGGCGAGCACCGCCGAGUUGCAUGUGCUGGAUGUGGCAGGAAACAGGUUGCAGCACCUGCCUUUCGCCCUGACCAGCCUCGGCUUGAAGGCCCUCUGGCUGGCAGAGAACCAGUCGCAGCCGAUGCUGAAGUUCCAGACGGAGGACGAUGAGAAGACUGGAGAGAAAGUGCUCACCUGCUACCUCCUCCCCCAGCAGCCAUCCCCCAGCCUAGAGAAUCUUCUGCAGAACAGUGUGGACGAGGGCUGGGCAGACACCAACCUCAACCGUGUCAGCGUGAUCCAGUUUGUGGAUGAGCCCAAAGCGGAGGAGGAGGAGGAGGAGGCUGAGAAAAGGGGCCUGCAACGUCGGGCAACCCCGCACCCGAGUGAGCUGAAGUUCAUGAAGAAGGUGAUUGAAGUUCGGCGUAAUGAAGCUUAUGCUGCCAAACUGGGUGCUGGCCGGAACUCUCCUAACUCAGGGGAGAAGAGGCUGAGUGCCACAUCCAACCAAAGUGAGGAGUCACAGGUCUCUAGCAGCACGCUCUCUGCCAGUUGCCAGGAGGAGCCCGUGAGAGACGUGCUGCAGACUGCAGGGCCAGAAGACGUGGGGACGGCUGGGGCCGCAGAGGUGGCAGCAGUGGAGAAAGGGCUACGGCCGCAAGAAGAAGCAAACAGAGAAGAGGAGGAAGCAACAGGAGGCCAAGAGGAAGAGCUUGAGGUGGAGUACAAUGAGCCCUCGGUGCAUUUUGCCGAAGACACGCUUGUCCGCAGUGAGGAUGAUGAAGAGGAGGAGCACCGGUUCCCCGUGGGGAAGCAGCGGCUGAUCCGCAAGGAUACCCCCCACUACAAGAAGCACUUUAGAAUUGCUCAGUUGCCACAGCCUGAAGCCGUGGUGGCCCUCUUGCAGGGCCUGAACCCUGAUGGGGGCCCCGUGGCAGUGGAGGAGGAGCCACGCAAGAAUGGGUGGGAGGAAGAAGAGCCCGCGGAUGAGACCCCCGCGGCGCCUCCCUCUGCCAAGGGGGUGUCGUUUGAUCAAGCCAAUAAUCUGCUGAUUGAACCUGCUCGCAUUGAGGAGGAAGAGCUGACUCUCACCAUUGUGCGGCAGACAGGGGGGCUAGGCAUCAGCAUCGCAGGGGGCAAAGGCUCCACCCCCUACAAGGGGGACGAUGAGGGUAUCUUUAUUUCUCGCGUGGCAGAGGAAGGGCCGGCUGCGCAGGCAGGUGUGCGUGUUGGAGACAAGCUCCUGGAGGUGAACGGAGUCUUGCUGCAGUGCGCUGAGCAUCAUGUGGCUGUGGAAGCACUGCGUGGCUCGGGCAGCGCCGUCUCCAUGACAGUGCUGCGAGAGCGGAUGGUGGAGCCUGAGAAUGCCAUCACUGUGACGCCCCUACGGCCCGAAGAUGACUACAGCCCCCGGGAGCGGCGGGGCGGGAGCCUGCCCUUCCCUGAGCAGCCUGACGCAGCCGCCUCCACGAAGCGCCUCUCCGCCUGCCUGAUGAGGAACGAAAGGGGGCUGGGCUUCAGCAUUGCUGGGGGCAAGGGCUCCACGCCGUACCGGCCGGGGGACACGGGAAUCUUUAUUUCACGGAUCGCAGAAGGGGGUGCAGCGCAUCGGGACGGCACCCUGUGUGUGGGAGAUAGGGUCCUCUUGAUCAAUGGGGUAGACAUGACAGAAGCCAGGCAUGACCAGGCCGUAGCGCUGCUUACCACCGCCUCGCCCGCCAUCACGCUGCUGGUCGAGAGGGGGGAGGCUGCUGCUCCGCCCAGCGAGGGAGACCUGUCGCUGGGGCAGCGAGUGCGCGUGCACUCCCCCCCACCGCCUCCCACCCAGCAGGAGAGCCCGCCUGAGGAGUCCCGCAGCAGCCAUCUGCCCCAGCCCCUGGAGAGCCAAUACCCCGUGGAGGAGGUGUGCCUGGUCAAAGCUGGGGGCCCCCUUGGGCUCAGCAUUGUCGGGGGCAGUGACCACUCCAGCCAUCCCUUUGGCGUCCAGGAGCCUGGCGUCUUCAUUUCCAAGGUCAUCCCCCGGGGGCUGGCGUCCCGCAGUGGGCUGCGUGUGGGCGACAGGAUCCUGGAGGUGAACAGCAUCGACCUGCGCCACGCUACACACCAGGAGGCUGUGACUGGCCUGCUCUCCAACACUCAGCAGCUGAGGCUGGUGGUCAGGCGAGAUCCACCCCCACCCGGGAUGGAGGAGAUCUGCAUUGAGAAGAGGCCUGGGGAGAAGCUCGGGAUCAGCAUCCGCGGUGGUGCCAAGGGCCACGCGGGAAACCCCUUUGACCCGACAGAUGAGGGCAUCUUUAUCUCCAAGGUCAGCUCUGCCGGUGCUGCGGCCCGUGACGGCCGUCUGAAGGUGGGCAAGCGCAUCCUAGAAGUGAACCAUCAGAGCCUGCUGGGCAUGAGCCAUGCCGAAGCGGUCCAGAUCCUGCGCUCUGCCAGUGAUGUGCUCCUGGUGCUUGUCUGUGAUGGCUUUGACCCCAAGGCUGUGGCUGCCCUUGAGACGUCUCCAGGGAUCAUUGCCAACCCUUUUGCAGCGGGCAUGGGCCGCAAGAACAGCUUGGAAAGCAUUUCCUCCAUCGAUCGGGACCUCAGUCCGGAAGAACUGGACCUCCUUCAGAAGGAGAUGGAGAUGGUGAGGGAAACGACCCAGUGGGAGAGGGAAGAGAUGGAGGCAGUGGAGCGGAUGCGCAGGGAGCGGGAGACGGCUGCGCAGCUGCUGGCGGAAGCAGCAGAGGACGUCAGCGCAGGACCCUUGCAGUUGGAUUACCGCACCCUGGCAGCGCUGCCCAGCAGCGGCCUCCCAAAAGCCACCCGCAGUCUUCCCUCAACUUGUGAAAUGGAAAGGGACUCCCAGGUGCUCCCUGUGCCAGAGACGUGUGUCACCCACCCCACCCCUGCCUCGAACUCGGGCUGGAUGAGCAGCGUAGCCGUCUGGGCCGGCGGGGCUUCUCUCACGGGGCAGCCUGGCAAGGAGCAUGCCCAGGGACAGGAGGAGCAGAGUUUGGUGGACUCUCAGCCCAUCCCCUUCAGCGCCAACCCCUUUGUGGUGGCUAAUCGCCAGGGCAAAGCCACCGGGAAGGCGUGCUUGGGCGGCCCUCCCCUUGGCUAUGGCCAGGGCGGAGUCCUGAAGACCAGCCUCUACGCCAAGGCCCUGGCGGGGGAGACCGACUCGGGUGCCGCCCGGCGAGAUUCUCCGUACUCUCCUGGAACUCAGCAACCUCCUGCAGCCCCUCGGCCUGCUCACCUGGUGGGCAGAGAAACCCGCUUUGCUGCCCUCCGCUGCACCCCCACCCAUCACGAGAGCCAGUCGACUAAGCCAGGGACCAUCCAGCCUCUCUCCCGGGCACGGCCAGCCCCAGACUCCUCCAGGGGAAGGGGCAGCCCCAAUCCGUUCCAGCAGCCUGAGCCCUGCUCCAGCACCCACACCUCUCCCCCUGCUCCUCCAUCGCCAGAGGAGAGCUCCAUCAGCACCAAGCAGGCAUACAAGGCCUUUGCGGCUGUUCCAGUUUCGCACCCGCUUCUGGAGCUGGAGGAGUUGCAAAGCCAGAAAGUUCCAGAGAAGCCACCCCAGGCCCCGUCAGAGGUGCCCUCGCCGGGAGGCUCGCACAGCCCCGAACAGAGAUCCUUCCGUGAACGGCAGAAGUAUUUUGAGGUGGAGUUGAAACAGCAGCCUGCAGAGAAGCCCCCCAAGCGGGUGUCCCUGGUUGGAGAAGAAGACUUGAAGAAAAUGAAGGAGGAGGAAGCUCGCAAACUCCAGCAGAAGCGAGCCCAGAUGCUGGAAGAGGAGGACGAGGAGGAACCGGAGGAGGCUGACACGGGAGAGCAGCCAGCAGGCUUGGGUGCUCAGUCGAGCAUCGUGGUCGAGGGAGUCGAGUACAGGGUGGAGAAGCUGGACGGCGGAAGGGCUUUCCUGUCCCCAGCGGCUUGGUGCGCGGAGUCUGACGGGCCCCCUGACUCUCAGAGGAACUCCCUGGAGGGGGGCUUGAGGCCGGAGCAGCCACCCGCUUCCAUGUCUGAGCUGAGCCCCGUUUAUCCCAGAGGGGGCGAGUGGAACAUGCCGGUGAGGACAGCCAAAGCAGAGCGGCGGCAUCAGGAGCGCCUGCGGAUGCAGAGCCCGGAGCUGCUCAGCGCUCAGGAGGCCAGGGAGCUCUCUCCAGCGGAGCGCCGGGCCCUGGAGGCGGAGAAGAGAGCCAUGUGGCGAGCAGCCCGCUUUUCCACCCUAGAAGAGAGUGUUAAACAGUACGAGCAAGACCUGGCCAGGAGGCUGUACCAGGCCCGGCAACAGGCACCAGGGCAGGGCCUUGCCACGCGCGUGCCAGUGCCUGCAGGCCAACCCAGGAUGAAGUCUCUGGAGCAAGAUGCCCUCAAAGCCCAGAUGGUGAUUGCCAAAUCCAAGGAGGGCAAGAAGCGCGGCACUCUGGAACAGCUGGCAGAGUCGCCCUCGCCGGCCCCCACUCCGUCUCCAACACCCCUGGACGAUGGCAGCUCCCGGAACGUGGCUUCACCAGGCAGGCUGUCUAUGCCUGAAAAGAAGUUUGUCUACAGGGAAUUUGCUGCCAUUCCUUCUUCCAAACCUGUUUAUGAAAUCCAGACUCCCGAUGGGGGCGGCACCUGCAGACUUGUCCAUGAUGCCAGCAGCUCAGGGAGCCAGGAGCAAGACAGACAGGCAGAGGACCCGGAGCUUCCAUUGGCACGUGGUCCCUUGACUCCCAGCACCUCCCCUCGGGAAGAGCUGGGCCUUUUCAACAGCAAGCGCAAGCUCCGCCACGCUCAGCACAGCCUGGAGACUGCUGUUCCGACAUAAAGGUCCUGCCCGCUGGGCCAACACAAGAACCAAGCAAGGGUGCCAGCUCUGCAGACUGCAUGGAUUGGCACCAGCUGCUCCUCCUCGGUGACACUGGACAGAACUGAGCUCUCGGAAGCUCAGCAACCUUCUUUCAGGCUGUGAAGCUUCCUCCUCUUCUCACGAUGCACUGGGGCAGGUUCCAAGAUAACUUGGACUGGCAGCCGCGGAGGAGGAGGAGGGGAGCAGUGGUGUGUGGCGUGUGCGUCUCUUGUGUGGGAGCGUGUGUGCGCGAGCAAGCUGCAGCUGCAUUGUGACGACUUACAUGGGCCCUGUCCUUAGCCCCAGGGGGUAUUUGCCAAAUAGCUGGUGGAUCGUUCAUGCCCUGGCGUCCCCCCACCUUUGCACGGGAAGGCGUGGGGAGGAGGACAGCGUCCUGGUGCAAAGGGGCGAAGGAGCCUGGCUGGUUUCUGCCAUUGCCCUCCUCUUCCGCAGAGGAUAGGUAAUAUCAGGGCAGUGAUUUCCAAGACAGGGCAUGUUUUACAACUCUGUGUGUGUGUGUGUAUGUGUGAGAGAGAGAGAGAGAGAGAGCGUGCGUGCGUGCAUGCAUGAGUGUGAGAAGCAGCGAUGGCACAUCGGUCUCACUUACAAACAAAGUCAGGAGGCAAGUUAUGAUACCUGCUCAGCAGUAGCAGAGAUAGAGCAGUGGGAGGGGGGAGCAAAGGGUAGGGGCAGAGUAGUUGGUUUAGAAAGUGGUGAUGCAGAUAGAAGGUGCAGGUCAGCGGGGGCCGUGGGGUUUGGAGUGGAGUAGCACAGCAUAGGCGGGUGGGCGAAAUAGCGGCUUGGCAAGCAAACACCAGAGAUCAGUCAGUGCCAGUGAGAGAGCUCCCCGGAGAGCCGCGUGUGAGGCUUGUGGCCAGGCUGCUGCAGCCCUUCUUCCAGCUUCUGGAGCCCGUUUGGGGGAAAGUCGAUUUGGGGGGGGGGGAGAUGACUGACGGGGUCAUUGGUGGCUGUGUGCUCCAGCAACUUAGUGGUCACGUGGUUAGUGGUGAGAAAUGGACUGACUUGGGAUCUGUGUCCUUGCCUUGCCCGCGUACCUGCCGGGGCAGCCUCUUCCGAACUGACUCGGCCUCCUGAAAGUCUCUGGGCAUGCCAAAACCAAGGGGUUGUUUUAUCAGAACACGUCAGGUCAGUUUUGGGGGUUUGGAGUGGGAGGGCUCCUCCCAGUGUCUCAGUGGUGGCUGCUUCUACAUCAACAAUUAGAGCUUUUUGAUUUUAAUCUAAUUUUAGCCUUUGCUUUUAAUGAGCAAUUUUGGGGGGUGGUCAGGAGGUUUCUUUGACUAACUUAUGACUUCUCUAGGUGCUGGGCUGUGGCAUGCCUGUUCUCUCCCGGGACACUCCAAGGGAGACCAGACUGUAACUAGUGACAUUUGUACAACCAAAGAAAUCUAUUUUGUGGUUCAAGGACAAUAAAGUUUACUUUACAUUUUA